AUGUUACGAUCAGGUAAAAUUUAUGUUCCUAACAUAGGCUUGAUAUUACAAAAUAGCGUGUUCGGAUAUAUAGUUAGUGGAAAUAUAAAUGAUUCACGGAGAAAUAAUUUAUUGUCUUGUGGGUUAGUAAAUGAUAUUUCAGAGAGUGAAUUGAAAAUGUUUUUCGAACUAGAAGCAUUAGAAAUUAAAGAUGAUCCUUAUUGUCAUGAGAAAGACAAAGCAUUGGAAAUAUUUAAUAAGACAGUUUGUUUUAAAGCUGGUCCCUACGAGGUUACUUUAUCUUGGAAAAGGGACUGGAGGGAAUUAGCUGAUAAUUACCGAGUAGCGGAAAAUAGAUUAAAAACUCUUGUAAAGCGAAUGAAUUAUGACAAAACACUGUUUUCUACAUAUAGUGAAAUAUUAGAUGAUUAUCUCAAGCAAGGCAUCAUUGAAAGAGUCUUAAGAUGGAAACAUACCUAUCGGUAA